AUGUUUUUGCCUGUAUGUGUUGAGAUCCUGCAGACCUUCAGACCUCCAGAGGCAGAGAGGCUGGUCGUGCGGAUAAGGAGGCUGAAGAUGAGCUCUCUUCACUGGACUCUGAGUUCUGGACAGGCCUGGAGUGCUGCUGGGUCUCUGUGGGGCUGGGCUGCAUCGAGGCUGCACUUGGACCGGACGAUGAGGUUCUUUCAAGCCGAUGAAGAGAUGUUAGUUCUGACCCAGAGUGAUGAACUGAAUCGAAUCUACAGCGAAGACAACAGAGCACCUUUAGACAACAUCACCUAUAAUCCAAACUACAAUGACUCCAGAAGAAAAAGAACAACAGCCAGAGAUGACAAGAUGCCUCUGCAUGAGAACAGAUGCAAUGUGGGUCAAACAUCAGUGUCCACAAGCACCUUUUGUCAGGACCGCACAGCUUUCAAAGAAACUAGAACCAGUCUAGUCUCUGCUGGUCCCAGAACCAUCACCAUAACUUCAGCGAUCUCCACUCCAGACUCCACGAAGCUGAAAAACAACAGAACAUACGGCAAAGAAAGAAGAUCAUCAGCGGUACAAGCUGAGAUGGAGGACGUAGUCAACCAGAACAAGAGUCAUGAGAGAAGAUCCUACAGGAAGGUUAGAGUGAAUGCACAGAGGAGUUUUGCAGAACAUGGAGGGGAGAAGAUGGAAGAAGAUGAAGCAGGAGGUGGAUCUGCUCAGAUGUCCAGAUCUAAGGUGGUUUUGGACAAUCCAGCAGCGAGUCCGAAGCCAACCAUCACUGCCUGGGAGGCCGGAUGGAACGUCACCAAUGCUAUCCAGGGGAUCUUUGUGUUGGAUUUGCCCUUUGCUCUGGUCCAGUCAGGUUUUGCAGGUCUGGUUCUGCUGGUUCUGUCAGCUUGGGUCUGUAACCACACAGGAAGGAUACUGGUGGCCUGUCUGUAUGAAGAGCAGAAAAGUGGAGGGUCCGGCUCUGUGUCAAAGGUUCGAGUCCGACACAGUUACCAGGACAUCGUGGAGGCCUGCUGUAGGGGACUGUGGCCAAACUGGCCCAGACUGGGAGGAUGGAUGGUUAAUGUAGCUCAGAUCAUUGAACUUUUGAUGACCUGCACCCUCUACCUCGUCGUCUCCACCAGUCUGUUGUCUGACAGUUUAUCAGGGAUGGCUGUUCCCAGAUUAGUGUGUUCCCUGGUGUCUCUGGUGUUCCUGUUACCCUGCCUGCUGCUCACUGACCUCAGACCAGUGUCCACACUCAGCCUGCUCUGCUCUCUGGCUCACAUACUCAUCAGCCUAUUGGUCAUGCUGUACUGUCUGAGUCGGGCCAGCAGCUGGUCCUGGUCCUCCCUGUCCCUGUCGGUGGACCCUGAAGACUUCCUCGUCUCCGUGGGUGUCAUCAUCUUCUCUUACACCUCACAGAUAUUCCUCCCUCCUCUAGAGGGCAGUAUGGAGGACAGAGGGCAGUUUAAUGCCAUGUUGGCCUGGACUCACGGUGCCGCCUGCAUCAUGAAAACUCUGUUUUCUUUACUGUCCGUGCUGACCUGGGGGGCAGGAACCAGUGAGGUCAUCACAGAUAACUUGCCCUCUGACCUUCGACCUCUGGUCAACCUGUGUCUACUGGCCAAAGCGCUGCUGUCCUACCCGCUGCCCUUCUACUCUGCUGCUGAAAUAUUACAAUCAUGUCUGCUCGGAGGCGUGUCUCGCCCCGCACUGCUGGUCCGCGGCGCCUUGCUGAUGACAUCAUAUCUGCUGGCCCUGCUGGUGCCCAGAUUUUCACUGUUGAUGGGUUUGACAGGCAGUGUGACCGGGGCAGCCAUGACACUCAUUCUGCCGUGCCUGUUUCACCUGCGACUGCAGUGGGGCAGCAUCAGUGCCAGAGAGCGGCUGAUAGAUGUGGGGAUACUGAGUCUAGGGGUCGUCUGCAGCGUGUCGGGUGUGAUUUGUUCAGUGAAAAGACUGUUGGAGGGACUGUAG